CUGUCUGGCACAACCCGCAAUGCUUUGAUUCGCCUGUCUCAGUCUGUUUAUGAAUGAAAAAACAUGGUGGUCUAGUUUUUAAUCAAAUUUGCAAAAACAUUAUUAGAUUUUCCUUUGAAGGUUUAUUUGUGAUCGAUAGUAAUUAUGCCACUAGCAAACUCCUCAGAUCCAUGGCGAAUGCAGAAUGUUGGAGACAACAGGGGUAUAUCUCAGGCAGCCAACAGUCUUCCAAUGGUGGUGGAGAACUCUGCAGAGUCGCGGCAGGCGUCUACAGCAGAAAGCCUGGAUUCCGCCGCCGAGAUCAGCUGCGAGAGGGAGGUUGAACUACAGGAUGUUGUCAAAGAGGGGCACGAGAAAGCAGACCCGUCUCAAUUUGAAUUGCUCAAAGUUCUCGGAGAAGGUUCCUUUGGAAAAGUUUUCCUAGUCCGGAAAGUAACUGGUGCUGAUGCAGGCACGCUAUAUGCAAUGAAGGUACUUAAAAAAGCUACCCUAAAAGUGAGAGAUAGAGAGCGUACAAAAAUGGAGAGAAAUAUUUUAGUAGACAUGGGCCAUCCAUUUAUUGUAAAAUUACACUACGCAUUUCAAACUGCUGGAAAACUUUAUUUAAUAUUAGAUUUUUUACGUGGCGGCGACUUGUUCUCAAGACUUAGUAAAGAGGUAAUGUUCACAGAGGAGGAUGUUAAAUUUUACUUAGCGGAGUUAGCUUUAGCGUUAGAACAUGUGCACAAAUUGGGCAUUAUAUACAGGGAUCUUAAGCCGGAGAAUAUUUUGUUAGAUGCAGACGGUCACAUUGCACUUACUGACUUUGGCUUAUCUAAACUUCCACCAAGUAGUGAUAAAGCUUACAGCUUCUGUGGUACAGUUGAGUACAUGGCUCCGGAAGUUGUUAAUAGAAGAGGUCAUACAUUUGCUGCGGAUUGGUGGUCUUUCGGAGUACUUAUGUUUGAAAUGUUAACUGGAAAUUUACCAUUCCAUGGUUCUACGAGGCAUGAAACAAUGACGCAAAUAUUAAAAGCGAAGCUUGGUAUGCCAUCCAACUUGAGUGAGGAAGCACAAUCUUUACUUCGAGCCUUGUUCAAAAGGACACCACAAAAUAGGCUGGGAGCAGGCCCAAAUGGUAUAGAGGAUGUGAAGAACCACGAGUUCUUUGCAAGUAUAGACUGGGAUGCUCUGUUAAAGAAAGAGGUAAUCCCACCGUUCAGACCGGCCGUGUCGCGGGCCGACGACGCCUUCUACUUCGACUCGGAGUUCACAUGUCGCACGCCGAGGGACUCCCCCGGGGUGCCGGCCUCCGCCAACGCUCACGAACUGUUCAGGGGUUUCAGCUUCGUAGCCCCGUGCCUACUCGACGAUGACAAUAAUAAAACCGUUACAAAUACAACCCAGAACAAUGUCGUGCAAAACAACAAAUCGUCCGCUGAGGAGUUUUUGGCCGGCUUCGUUAAUAGGAAUAAUUUCUUUGAUGAAUACCGGUUAAUGGGUGAAUUAGGCACUGGAUCGUUUUCAGUAGUCCGCCUUUGUGAACACAAGGCGUCAAGAGUGCAAUAUGCCGUUAAGAUUAUGGACAAGAUGCAGUAUGACCCGCGCGAAGAAAUUGAAAUUUUAUUAAGAUACAGCCAACACCCGCACAUUAUAACCCUCCGCGGCGUCUACGAAGAAGGCGCCCGAAUCCUCGCCGUUACCGAACUAUGCCGGGGCGGAGAACUGCUCGAGCACAUCACACAGCGGCGCUACCUGCCCGAGCACGAGUGCGCGCCCAUCCUGCGCAACGUGCUGCACGCGGUGCACUACCUGCACAGGCACACCGUGGUGCACAGAGACAUAAAGCCAUCUAACAUCCUAUUCGCGACGGCUGAAAGAAGGCCCGAAGACAUCCGCCUAGUCGAUUUCGGGCUAGCGAAGCAGUUGCGCGCAGAGAACGGACUACUCAUGACCCCCUGCUAUACGGCCAAUUUCGUUGCCCCUGAGGUCUUGAAACGAGCUGGUUACGAUGCUGCCUGCGAUAUCUGGAGUUUAGGUGUGCUGGCGUACAUCAUGUUAUCUGGCAGGACGCCGUUUGCUUCGACCGGAGAUGACAGCCCUGAAGCUAUUCUUACGAGAAUUGAGUCGGGAAAGGUGGAGCUGUCAUCCGGCGUGUGGCGCUCCGUGUCGAGCGAGGCGAAGGCGUGCGUGCGGCGCAUGCUGCAGCUGGAGCCGGCGCACCGGCCGCGCGCGCACGAGCUGCUGCGCGAGGCCUGGCUCAGCAGCGCCCGAGCACCCCCUGAGGUGCCGCCGCAGCCCGACCUGGAGGACCCCGUGCCUCCUGAAGACCUGCGCCGGGCUGUUGACCUCACCUUCCAGGCGAUGACCUCGUCGCCGAUGACGCCGCAGGUGCUCGGCCCGGUGUCGCAGUCCACCCUCGCGCAGCGCCGCAGCAAGCCGCAGAGACGCUUCCCGCCUACUCAGCUUUAAAUACGGUAUACGAACUUAUUUUAAACAACUCUUUACCACAAAAAAGAUCUCGAGGAUAAAUUAAUUUUGUAACAAGCAGCAAACGACUGCGAACGAUGCUAUUAGCUUAGAAUACAAUUAAAAGUGGAAAAGUUUACUGUCUUGGGUGAGACUUGAACUCCCGACCACUGGAUCACUAGCCCAGUGCUUUGCCAUCUGAGGUAUCAAGACCUCUUCCAUGGACAGCAAAUAUUUGCACCAUAUGGAUCUUUAGGGAGGCACCCUGACUUAAUUAAAUAUAAAUACAAUAGUAAUCCUCUUUAUUGCACAACCUCAACAAAACAUUAAAUAAAUUUUACAGAGAGACGUACAUAAUACAUGACAGAGGCAACAAAAGGCGGUCUUAUCGCAGACAACCUUUAGGUAGUGGAGAAAUUAUAAUAUUAAUCAAACUAUUUAGGAGACUUACUGUAUUGGGUGAGUUCAAGUCUCACCCAAGACAGUAUUUUUUUCCACUUUUAAAUGUAUUCUAAGCUUGAGAUAUCGAGGCGUUCGCUAAACUGCAUAAUAUACCGAAAUACGUAUUAGAUCUAUUUUCGUCCCUAUCACCAAGUCAAGAGAGAACAAGCGAGCGCGAUUGUUUCCCCGUUUCGAAUGUUAUAUGUUGUAAUUUCGAUGUUCCUGGAUAUGAGUCAUGUGAAUGUGAACGUGUGUAAGUUAGCUUUAUUUCAAAGGGAAGAAAUAAUCGUAAUAUAAAGAUUAAAUUAUGUCAAUAUUAAUCGCCUAAAGAUUCCUGCAUAAUAUGAGGCGUAAUUUUUAUUUGGUGGAAGAAAUUUUGUGAUUUAAUAUUUAGUGAAAGGUAGAUUGCAUUUUCUUGUAAGACACAUUGCAGCAUUCCAUCCGUUUCCGUUUUAGUCCUUAGCCAGUGUUAUUUAGUAAAUGUGAAAGUAGUCUUCCUUCAAAAUGUUUGGAAUUAGUAUGUAACUAUUUUAACUAUAUUAUUUUAGUCAUUUUACUUGCCCACCCAACGACAUAACUUGUCCCUUUGUGCCAUUAUAUCUAUAUGCUACGAACGAUUGAUAAAUUAAAUACAAAUUUAGUAUAGACCUAUCAUAUAUUUUUAUGUUCUACAAAGUACCUAAAGUACAUACAAAGUUUAUUACUGGAAUAGCUUUAUUUUUGUAAAGUAUUACUCUUCUCGACGCAUUCGCGGUGCUUCGUCCCUUCCUUUUAUUUUACCUUUACUCUAAUGAGAUGUUGUUUAUAUUUUUGUAAGAAUUUGAGUAUUCAGUAGCUUUAAGAUAUUUAGAUAAUUAGGAUUAAGUAUAUCGAAAUACUUAAAAAGGGCUUUUAUUAACAUAGUUUAACUUUAGUAUAGCGUUAGUUUGUACAACACAUCACAUGCGUCAAUCUUAUUCAUCUCAUAUCAUCUCUUUGUUAUCAUCAAUUCACUCAUAUCAAGGCCUAACUUGCUCACAAACGCAUAAUUAAUGCGAAACUCUUCCAAAUUCUUUAAAUCUCAGAUAUUUUAUGUUACAUAUUUUGAGUAUCAUUUUAGAUUAGAUCAUAAGAUAACCAUAUUUUUGUAUUGAGAUAUAUUUUUCAUGUAACUAACUUUAUCGGUGUAGGUUGACUGCUAUUGCCCUCCUAAGCCGAACAGCGCUAUCUCAAAAACAAAUGAUUUUGAAAAUGGAAUUCUCCGUUAUAGAAACUAAAGUAUAAAUUAGCAAUGCAUUUUCGUUUGAGAUAGCGCCACUCGGCUUAGCAGGGGGACUAUAAUAGUUAUUGGGCACUCCUACCAAAGCAGAGAGAUUGUUAAGAGUGGCCAAUUACUAUGUAAAGGCUAUUAACUAUAGCAAUCGCCCUACGUUGAUGAUUCGGUAUAAAGACAUAAUAAGUUGAUGUCAUUUGUAACUUGCUUGGCCAUGUUUUGUCUUAGUAAGAGCAAAACAUUUAUGAAUAUAAUAAGUAAUAAUAUCUUUAGUAGAUAUAUUGUCAUGAAUUAUUUUUUUAAUUGUAGGAUUAAGAAUUAUAUACUUGAUGGAUUAUAUUUUAUAGCUACUGGUGAUGGUUACGUUUUAAGAAAAAAUCAAUGUAGGUACCUAUCAGUGGCGGCGCGUCCAUUAAAGCCGAUUCCCACCGGCUUGCCUGUUUUUGGACGUUUGAGCAGAGUUGUAAAGGAAAUAUGUAAGCCAAAUUAGCCCCGGCUUGCCUAUGGAUAUGUUUGACGCGCCGCCAUUGGUACCUAUACAUAAACAUCAGUCAUGAAAGGUGUUAAUUUUAUAAAUUAAAUGUUCUACUGUCUAUGUUUAUUGUCGAUGUUUUAGGUUUUCUAAUUGUAUUGGAUAUUUUACCAAAGAUAUGUCAUAGUCAAUGGGUUUAACAAUUAUCGGACCUCCCAAGUAUGUAUGAAAUGCUACGAAGGGUUGUUAUGCUACAAGGGCCCACUGAAAAAAAAAUAUAGUAACUAAGUAUAUAAAACAAUGCUAUAAAAUUGUUUUGGCCAAUAUAAAAACUAUAAAUGUACGAGUACGUAUGAAACUUAAAAGAAUUAAAAUGUCAUGUGUCGGUAUGUACACCAAUUUAGAUAUGCUAAAUAACGAGACAUCAUUUAUCAACUCAAGGAAUUGAUACAAAAUAUUAAUAGGCAAAUUGUAGGUAUUUUUAAUAUUAAGAAAAUUUAAAAAGAAAAGCACUAUAGAGAUGCUACAGUGUCACAAACUAUAAUAAGUCAUUUCUAACAUAUCUCAAGCACAUUUUUCUAUUCCUUGUGAUUAGAUAACAUUUUAAACACAAAUUAUUAAUAACAAUCACUUUUCAUCGGUUUUCCAAAUCCAACCCAUUAUUUUUAAAUAUUUGAUUGGUAGCGCAGAUUAAUCUUAGGAACGCCUACGUUCUUUUCCCUAUUUUUAAAUGCUAUCUAGUACGCCGUGCGACACAGUGGCGUAGGUAGGCCGGGCGCCCCAAGGGGGGCCUCGCGCGAGGCCCUUUCAGUUCAGGCACAGUGAAAGAAAAGGGCCUCGCAGGUGUGAUUUCGCCCUCGGCUAGAAUAGUUCACGCUACGCCACGGGUGCGACAUGUUUUUAUUACAAUCUGUGAAUUCUGUGACCUGUGUAAAUAAUUGUUGAAUAGAGUAAGUAGCUAAUGAUCAAUAUACUUACUAUAAAAUAUGAACACAAUGUUCCAGAAACUGUUAUUUAUCUAAACCUAACUGGGAUGCACACUUGUUGAGUAAUUCUAAAUAAAUAUUUUCUUACCGGACAUGGUCUAAAUACAAAAUUAGCUAUUUCUAUGGUACUUACAAUAUUUCAAUCAUAUACAACCACGUAAACGUUCGCUAUUUACAGUAGAAAGCUAUUAUGCACACGUUUCUUAAUAAUAAUUAGAUAAAAAUGAAAGUCAGUCUAUUUAAGCUUUAUAAAUUGUAACUAGUGCAUAAACACUAAAUAGGCUGUUAAUGUAACAGACGAACAUUUCAGAAGGAGCUUAUUUGAUAAGUUGCUGGUGUUAGAAUGACAAUAUGCAGUCCAGUCAAUGAAUGAUAUGUUGUAUGUUUCCCUACUUAAUUAUUCAAUAAAAAUGUCUUCUUGUAAGCAUGUUUUAUAAGAUCCUCAACUUGGAGAAAACUCUACUCGUCACUAUAUAAAGAAAUCUUCAUUGACUGGGCUAAAGUUAAACUGCAUUUAAUGCUGAUAUUUCUUUAUGUAUUCUAAUUGAAAACACGCCAAUUUAAAUCUAGAAAUGGGUUAGUUUUUUACCUAAUGACUAUGGGUUAAUUUUUUACCUGAUAACUACAGAUAGGGAUUAAAUCUGUAAGCAAAAAUGAAGUAAUUAUGAGAUCGUGUUAAUGUUACGACACCUCAAUUGUCUAUUUUUUGACGUCUAGAUAAAAAUAAAAUGACCGUAAAUUGUUACUUAUAGGACAACUCAUAUUCAAUUAGAGAUGUAAUAUAUUAUUGUUGACAUUGCUUA